CACUCUGGCCAUGAUUAAGGACGAAGCAACCCAAACCUUCCUGCGUGCCCAUCUGAGGGGCACUAGCGGCCAUAGACAGAGGAGCUAUUGGAUCGGCCUUGACGACCUCAACACCGAGGGAACCUUCCUCUGGAACGACGAGACCCCGCUGGGCGAUUAUGACAAGUUCCGUUCCGACGCCCCGAACGAGUCACGCGACUGCGUCUCUCUCUGGAGGACUCGGAGGAGCGCUCGCUGGGACAUCAAGGACUGCAACACUCGCAGGCCGUACAUCUGCCAGCUGAGCGGCAACGGUGACAAGUAGGACGGUGACAAGCUGUGACGUCAUAACAUCGACAAAACGGAUCUAAAGAUGUUCUGGCAUCACCGAAACAUUCUGACGUCGGAGCAUCUUUCCAUCUGUUUUGGAAGCUGCUGAUGUAACAGGAUAGGCAAAGCUAAUUUCUGUCUCGUAAACGGUCGUCACCUUUUUGAACAGUCGUCGCCAUAUUGAUGACUAAGUCUAUAACAUAUACAAGACAGUGUCUUAUCACUCUUGGGGGCUGACAAGGUUAGCUAAAACAUAAACGUAUCUAAAGCAACAUUUCAAUUACAAAUGUACAACUUUACACAGUAUUGUGUCCAAUGGUGACAAAUAUUCCAAAAAAUCAAAAGAGAGUGCAUCAACUCGGGUUCCAACACAAGUCAAAAAGCCUAACUCCUUAAAACAUCAACUAAGCCAAGAAACAUCACGAUUUGGGUAGACCUUUGUUAGACACAGCGACGAUUUUUUAAGGCAACGACUGUUUACGAUACAGAAAUUAGCAGACCAAAUGCACGGACAACGACACAGAUUGUACACAUACGUUUGGCCACACCAAUUUAGUUUCUUGGUUUUCAGAUUCUGAAAGAGAUAUUGUCCUCUUUGUGAACUUUGGCAGAAGAAUGCCUUUUGGCCGAAAAUCAAGAAAGCCAAUUGGCGUGGCCAACGCCAACCGUCACAGGACCAAAAAAAGACGGGAAACUAAAUGUACUUUCCUUCCCAUUUUCCUUUUUUUCUUGUUCUGUGACAUUUGUCUGCAGGUAUGUGCGACAAUGAGAAUAACGGUCAAAGUAGAAUAACUUCAUAGGAUCAACACACAUUUGUGUUGUGUUUGUGCUGACUUUUCUCUGGUCAUUAACUAAUUAAUGAUACUCAUAUUCAGACCUGUGCUGGUAGACUCGGAUACAAGUGCUUUAGACCACCACGUGCACAUACAACCACCACAGGUCCUUUCAUUCCCCCAUACCAUCAGAGAGUGGAAGGAUUAUAACUGGUGUGGCCGAGACGGGGUCCCUGUUUCCCAGAACAAAAAUGAGUAGACGAGUAAUGUUACGUAUGUUUGGAAAUAUUACUUACACACUAAAUCCACCUGUCUUGUACUUUGCACAUGCAAGAUUCCGUUGCCUUGUUUAUUUGCAUUUAAUUUGGUCUGUACCCAACACAAACUGCUAAUGAUCAGGGUUACUGAGGAUAGAAUAAGAUGCUUUGUGUGUAGAAACUGUUUGGAUUUAGUUCGUGCUGAAAACAAUUAUUUGUAUCAGACUUGUAUACUCCAUUCCAAGUCACCGAGAAGGUUUUGAACUAAUAUUUGUAUUUUGAAAACAAGGAUAUCUAAGACACAUCAGUUCUAAAUUUAAGAAAAAUUCAUAUGAAAAUUUGAAUAUCUUUAAAUUCAUUUGGAAACAUUUUAAAAAGGACUGACAGUGUACAUAAAUCUUUAUUUGGAAUCUAUAGCUUUGAAACAUCUAUAUUAUGUGUAAAACUUAUGGAAAAUGCUUGAAAUAUUUGUAAAUAUUUCUAAAAGUCUUUUAGAAACUGGAGAAAGACCUAGAAAUUCCAAAUAUGUCAUAUUUCUUAUACUAUAAUUAAAGAGAAUUGGAAACAUUUGAAAAAAGAUGACAAUGACAACCCUCUCAGUGACUUAGAAUUACUAAUGGUCAUACAUAUUAUAAUAUUUAGACCUGCAUACUUUUUUUUCAAACUUUAUUUUACUUAUAGAUGUAAGUCAAGGGGAACAGCUUUUCUGCGCAAUGCCAUGAACAAUUUGCCUGUGUGCAUUUGUUUCACACACAAAUUUCAAACUUUUCAAGAAAAUUUCAAGAUCUUAAGUGUAAAACUACAAAAAGUUUUCAAAACUCUUGGGUAUCAGUUAAUCUGCACACAAUUUUUUCAUGCGCACAAAACUCCAUCCCAUUUAAGUGUUUUGUGCUUAGAAACUGUUUAAUCUAACGUUCUUUGAUUCUGAAACAUAGGUCAUAAUUUUGUUUUGUUUACAUGAGGUUGUGGAAUUAGAAAUGUUUUGAUGGAAUACAUUUAAAGGGGCAUUCCACUCCAGAAGCGAGUGUUAUUUUCUGAUAGAUGAUAUUUUUUGGGAUACAAAUGCACUCGACUUUUUGCACAAAGUUACCUGAUUUGCCUUUUAGACAAUAUUCUUUUCUAAAUUAGAGCACCCCCAUGCGGACCCGCUUCUAAUGUACUGCGCCGUAUAUGAGUUCGCGACUUCCGUCACACCUUCUCGCUAACGGUAGUCGGGAUAAGCUUGACAAAGCAGUCAAGUGAUAAUCACACAUGUAGGGAAAUACAAAAAAAGUUUGAAGACUAUAUCAUCUUGGGAUGGGGAUAUUUGGCCACUUAAUUAUAAGGAGUUGAAAGUCGGUCAACGUAAAAUGGCGGCGCCAAAACUGCUUGUAUGGCCGACGUUGGGCACAAUUUCUCGCUAACGGUAGAACCGCUGAGCGAACGAAAGUGGUAGGGUGGCUAUCGGACAUUUAGGAAGGUACACACAAAGUUUGAAGCUCAGCGGUUCUUGGAAUCCAGAGAUGUGGUCACUUUUGUGGAUCAUUCUUCUCUAAAAAGGCUACUUUUAUACAUCAACAAAUUACUACAGAAUGACCCACAAACGUUCUAAUGACGUUUGUGCACACACAUACAGUCUACUCAAAAAGUGAUCCUAAAACAUCAUAGUAUCGAAAUCUAUACUAGUACUAACCGGUACCUGUUCCCAUGGUCAAAGCCACAUCCUCCCUCAGCAGCGCACAAUGCAUUAGAAGGGUCCUCAAGGGAAUUCAAGAACUCGUUUGCUAAAAUGUUCCCUCUGCGUUUAAGCUUAAAUUUGUGGUAAAUUUGACCAAACAAACUUGAUUCAAACAUAAUUAUUUAUUGUCUGAGGAAUAAUGAUACUCGUUUCUGGAGUGGAAUGCCCCUUUAAUAGGCCACACAAACUUGAUUUUAUAGAUGACAUCCUUUGGAGACCCCAAAACUUAAUGUGUAUGGGCGAAAAAAAAGAAAAAUCCAGCAAAAACAAAAAGUGCUGCUUAACCACAGGACUAAACAGUAAGAAUGUAAGAAACAAUCGUCUCCAUUUCAAUCAUGUCUGCAUUGCCAUUCUUGUGGUCCCAUGCCCUGAGCAUGUGCUCCCCUACCCUGGAGAGCAGAUCCUCUGGUAAGCAUGAUUGACAUUCUGAUUGACAUGGGGUGAUAUGUGGCCUAUUUUUUUUUUGGAAACAGGCGAAAAACAAUGCGUACUGAUCCAUAAAAUCAAGUCUGUGUGGCCUUACUAACUACCCAAACAAGAAAGCUUCUGAAAAAAGCUGGCCGGUGCGUAUUUUGGAAAAAGCCUGGAAAUCACACGAAAAAAUAGUUUUUAAACAUCGAAUUACUGAAUUGGCCUUUCUUCUAUCUAAAAAAAAACACUACAUGAGAUUUGUCUAACAAAGAAAAGAAAAAAUUUAGCAAGUGGGGUUCGAACCUACGAUCUACGGCUGGAGAAGCCAACUAAGAUUGGUACCGUGCUGUAGACCGCUCGGCCACGCUGGCUCGAUUACACAAUAGCACGUAUAGAAGGGCUAUUUGCUUAAAUUGACCGAUCCAUGCAUCCAUGCAUGCAUCCAUGCAACCGCUUCUCCCGUCUCAUAGCCGCUACGCACCGGCAAAAAAUUAGUAAUAAUUCAAUAUGUUACUAAGAUAUGUACGUCAAGUGUUUUGUGCGUAGAAAGGGUUUAAAUCUAACUUUCUUUGAUUCUGAAACAUAGGUCAUAUCAUUUUGUAUUGUUAACAUGAGGUUGUGGAAUUACUGUUUUUAUGGAUUUUAUGGAAUACAGUCAUACCUGCUCAGGCGACCACCUCUUCUUAGCGACCAUCUGGCCAUUACGACCGCUUUUUCUCGGUCCCGAAUAUUUCCCACAUUGACAUAAGCAUUAAGCAACCUCUUCACAACGACCACCUGGCCAACGUGACCGCCAAAAAUUGCGACCAAAUCCCUGGCCUUAACGAUCUUGAGGUGUCAUCGAUUUUCAAUGCUAACUAGCACGAUUUUGUGCCGAAUUCGGUCAGUUUGCGUCAGAUUUUGACAACCAUUAUGAUGUUAUAAACUUAUAUUCAAAAUAAAGAUGGCAAAACUUAAACGGCGGAUGCAUGUGCGUGUGCUUGCUAUUUGCCAUUAACCACAACGGAAACCAUUCAAACUAUGCAUCAGGCAUGUACAUGUAGUGACCGACCACCUGACCAAAUCGAAGGCUUUUGCCCGGUCCCUCGGGUGGUCAUCUUGGGCAGGGUUGACUGUACAUUUAAUAGGCCACACCAACUUGAUUUUAUGGAUGGAGACCCCAAAACUUAUGUGUGCGGGCGGAAAAAAAAGCAAAAAAAAACAGCAAAAAUUGUUUUUUUGAAAACAGGUGAAAAUCAAUGCUUAGGCUGAUAUCAUCCAUAAGAUUAUGUCAGUGGGGCCUUACUAACCCAAAAAAUAAACGAUAGUGUAACUGUGUGUUACAUAA